CUUCUGCCACCAAGCUACACUAUCAAACACAUUAACAAAUUCAUUGACAAGCCGGACCCUAACUAGCGCGCACUGCUGACUGUCUCGGUGACCAACUGAGAGCGGGCUUGCCUCCAAGGACACGAACUAUUACUGGCAAGAAUGGAGCGCUAGUUUGAUCUGCAGAUCUAAACACCUACAACGCGGCGGGUCCUCCAACAUCGCGCGAUGCAGCUCGCCGGGAGGCUCUCGCGCGUCUCGCCAUGCGCUAUCGGGAGAAAGAAUGCAUGUGUGCUACGCCCAUCACUGCAUCGACAGCACUUUGCGCGGUCUCGGGUUGUGCCCCCCGUCCCUGCUGCGGCCUAUGACAGCAGGCGCGCAUUUGACUCGCUCGAUGAAAUACAGAAUCCUGUCGGGACGGACCCUCUCGUCAAGGACCUUGCGGACGCACUGCAGCUGACGCGGCGCCGUGCGCCCUUCGACAACGAGUACAUCCUGGGCCUGGGUCUGAACCUGGUCCUGCCGCACGGGCGCACCACCGCCCUGGUGGGGCUGUCGGGAGCGGGCAAGUCCACAGUGGCCGGGCUGCUGUCGCGCUUCUACGAGCCACAGGAGGGCUCCAUCCUGCUUGACGGCCGCCCCAUCUCCAGCUUCAGCCGCGGCGAGUGGGCCAAGGCCGUGAGCCUGGUCAGCCAGGACCCGGUGCUCUUCAGCGGCACCAUCGCAGACAACAUCGCAUACGGUGAUCAGGAGGAGAUUACCGCCGCCGCCACGGCCGCCAACGCGCACGACUUCAUCAUGAAGCUGCCGGACGGGUACCGCACAGUGGUGGGCGAGCGCGGCACGCUGCUGAGCGGCGGGCAGCGUCAGCGCAUCGCCCUGGCUCGCGCCAUCAUCAAGGACAGUCCCAUCAUCCUGCUGGACGAGGCCACCAGCGCGCUGGACGUGCUGAGCGAGCGGCUGGUGCAGCAGGCCAUCAACCGCCUGGUGAAGGGGCGCACCGUGCUGGUCAUUGCGCACAGGCUGGCCACAGUGCAGGCCGCGGACCAGAUUGUGGUGAUGCGCAACGGGCAGGCUGUGGAGAUGGGCACGCACGACGAGCUGAUUGCGCGGCCCAACUCCCACUACACCGAGCUCAUGUCGGUGCAGAACCUGUCCAUGGCAUCCACGUAGGGGGUGGGGGCAGGGGGGUAAAGAGGGGCGUGUGGGGGUUAGAGGGGCGUGUGUGUAGGUGGGUGGGGGCAGGUGGAGGUGGAGGUGGAGGUGGGGGUGUAGGUGGAGGUGGAGGUGUGGGUGUAGGUGGGUUGUGGGGUGUAGGGGCGUGUGGGUGUUAGGGAGCACGAGGAAGGAGGCACGCAGGGCGGUGUACGUGUGGGUGUGGGAGUGGCGGUGAGGAGGGUCGCUUGACACGGGUGAGAAGAUGAACAUGGUAUGGGGAGUGCGUGGGUAGUGGUAGAGGUGGUGGGGAGAGGCAGCGCCAGGCCUCGUGUCGGGUGGCGGGGUGGUCGUGUCAGGUGCCUGGCGGGCGUCACAAGGGCAGUGACCACGGGCGGUGGCCCAGUUUCCCACAAGGAAUGCAUCUCGGGCUCUGGUGGCUUGGUGUCGCUGUGCAUGGGCGCGUGGCGGCUGCCGCUCGUGUGACGCGGGCGCGGCGCCUCCGUGUGCGUGUGUGUGUGCGUGUGUGCGAGCGAUGCCCCGUGCACACGUGCCUAGAGCCUUGUGUGUGCGUGACUAGGGAGCAGGAUGAGAGGGCAGGAGGCUUAGGCGAGGUACAGGAGCUGAGGCGCAUGUAAGCUGCCAGCCGG